GACUGGCUUGGCUUGUGGCUACGGUGAUGAAGAGACGUAGGUAGGCAAGGAUACCAUUGGCCGAUCGUCGAUGUGGCAGCGUUGUCAAGAUCGAUUGCCACCGAGUGAUCAGGCGGUGAGGCGGCAACCAUUGCGGCCCGCUUUCAUCGCUGCCUUGCUGCCGCCAGCCGAUGCCUGCCCGCCCUCUGCUGAUGGCGAAUUGCUUGCUGACAGCAGGAGCCCUACAGGGCCAGCGAAAUCGUCAGGGACGAAGAAGGGAGAUCCGGACCUUCAGACUCUCACGAGUGCGAAAGCUCCCUACACUUCUCGCCGCCUUGGUACCUGACAACGCUGCUACUGCUCGACCCAUCAAGAUUUCCUCCUCCUCACUCUGAGCUCUCGUGUGACCUGACCAUAUCUAUCCACCUGCUCGCGCUCCCGACUGCUUCCUCUACAUGUACCGACCCUCGCUGCUGCGGCGCGAAUCAUCUCCAUCACCUCCCCGUCCUCAUACUCCUACUUGCUACGCGGCCCCUUUUGGUCCCCCUCCCCCUCCUCCAGGUCCCACCUCUCCGUCACCCGCUCCACAGCCACCAAAGUUUCAGGGUCUCUACCGACAUCGCAAGCCUGACUUCGACGCUCCUCCAGUGCGUCGAGUCUUCACAAGCUCGAGGCUCGAAGGGGUGCCUCUUCGGCGAAGUAAGAGCAAGAAGGAGGGCAAGGAAGCUGCAAAUGACCAGACACCCUUGCUGUCCAAUGAGAGGCCGAAAAGCAGGACGAGCAGAGGGAGAUGGGAGUGGCACGAGCUCGAUCAUGACGAGGCUCAAGUGAUGCUUGCUCCGAGGCAGUGGGGGCUAAAGGAGCUGGGUGGACCGACGUCGAUGCCUGAUGGACAGAGCACGGCAAGGGCGGCGAUUGAUGGGUAUGGGACUACCGAGCGUCCCGCAGCCGCUGCAGAUGCCCCUCUAGAUACUCUCGACAACUUGGCUGGCAACGCCAGGACGAGCGCGGCCAGCAAGCUCAAGCGCUGGUCCUUCUGGGUGAGCAACAAGGCAGCAAGCGUCGGAUCGAGCGUCCUCGCUCAGCGUGCAAGCCCGGACAAGACGAAUAGGCUCCCUGAGCGGAGGUCUGAGGUAGACCCGCACCAGCCAGAGUCACCAGCUAAUCCAUUUGUGGAUCCAUUCGCUGAUGAUGCAGAGGACGUCGGAAAUGCAGAGGGAAAGGGAUACGAUGCAGGCUCGAAUUGGGGCUGGAUGUGGCUUCCUCGCGAAAAGAGGUGGAGUCGAAGAGACGAGGGUGAGAGUCAAGUCCUCGACGACGGUGUCGCACAACAUCGCGUAGGAGUGCAGGGCUUCGAAGCUCGUGAUGGGAGUGGGGCUGGCCCUUACUUCCGUUGAUGCCUCCAAGCCCACCAGCAGCUGCAGGAGAGGCUACAUAUCAUACAGACAGUACUUCAUGCCAUCACAUCUAG